AGGUGGUCGAGAGUCCUGCUCCGCCCUUUAUUGUCUGUGUGAUGUUAAGCAGAAGAGUCAUUUCUUUUGUGAACCUCAGUUUCCUCAUCUAUAUGAUGGGUAUGAUGACACUACUACUUUGAGUCCCAGUUGCUAUAUCGAUCUCAUGAUGUAAUGGAUGUGAAAGUACUUCACAAACUCUGAAGUCAUUUUGUUGCCCUCCACAGGGUGAUGCAGUAGGAUCAUCCUAGAAGCCUCUGCUGGCUACUCACCACUCUCUUGCCUGGCAAGGGAACUCUCUAGUGACCUGAAUGAGGGGCAGGCCCAUGGCUGUGAUGUCACAAAGCUCAUGACAUCAGAGGUCCUAUGGAAGGGAAGGGAAGAAAACGGUGCAGGGAAGUGCUCUGCAGGGCAGCAUUCCUGGCCGCCAUCUUGCUGCUGCUGCGGGUCAAGGGAGCGAAGCUUCAGAAAGGCAGCCUGGAUCCCAACGAGAGGAGUCAGAACGAGAAAACACCCUCCACAGACCAGGAUCAAGAGAACUUUGAAGAGCACUUUGUGGCCUCCUCCGUGGGGGAGAUGUGGCAGGUUGUGGACAUGGCUCAGCAAGAGGAUGACGGGACAUCAGACACAGCAGCCCUUCGUGACCACCUAUUUAACCUAGCCUUCUGCUUCAAUCUGGCCAGCAUCAUGGUUUUUUUAUGAGGGACAUUGAGGUUGAGGUGGUAGCCUGGCUCCUGGAUGAGGACCUUGCUAUCUACUUCUGCUUCAUGAUAGCUUACUGACCCCCUCUUCCCCACCGGGUUCCAGGUCACUACUCCCAAGGGGAGGCGUACACACAGUUUCCUGCCUCUCGCCAGUGGCUCAUCACCUCAGGAUGCAGCAUCUGAGAGAUCCUGGUGCUGGCCUUUCAACUGUCCAUUGCCCCAGCCUGACCGCCUUGCCACGCUCUGAGCACCUUCUCCCAGGGCCGGAGACACCAGACCCACAGCCUUCUCUUUCCCACACCUCUCCCGGCUCUGCUCUGGACAGCACAUUAGGGGAAAGAGGCAGCAACAAUAAAAGUAAUAGCAGUAAAGUCCUGAAAACAUUUGGGGACAGCUUUCUGAGACUUAACCAAA